AUGGCCAGGAACCUGACCGUCCUGCCAGCAUAUCUCACCCGCCUCUUCAGCCUCGCGGGCAAGACGGCCGUCGUCACGGGCGGCAGCUCGGGCAUCGGCAGGGAGAUCGCCCUCGCCCUCGGCCAGAGCGGCGCCAAAGUCAUCCUCGUCGCCCGCCGCGCGCAGCCGCUGGCCGCGGCCGCCGAGCAGCUCGCCCAGCUCGGGGUGCCCGCGACCCCGAUCGCCGCGGACCUCUCGAACCUCGCGGACCUGCACCACGCCAGCGCCCGCAUCAAGUCCGCCCACGGCGUGCCCGACAUCCUCGUCAACGCCGCCGGCGCGGGCCUCUCGCGCCGCCCGCCGCCGCUGCUCUCGCGCGUCACCCAGGGCGACUGGGACCACGCCAUCGCCGCGAACCUCACGGCGCCCUUCGCGCUCGGCCAGGCCUUCGGCCCGGGCAUGGCCGCCCGCGGCAGCGGCCGCAUCAUCAACGUCGUCGGCCAGCAGUCGUUCCGCGGCUGCCCGGGCGGCGACAGCGGGGCCUACGGCGCCGCCAAGGGCGGCCUCGUGUCGCUGACGCGGUCCCAGGCCGAGGCGUGGUCACGCAGCGGCGUUUUGUGCAACGCCAUCGCGCCGGGCGUCGUCGUCGUCGAGGAGACGCCUGCGAGUGUGAUGGAGGAGGAGGAGGAGGUGUCGGCCGACGCCGCCGAAAGGGCCGAGGCGCACGCGGCGCGGACGAUGAUCGGACGAAACGGCAUGGUGGAGGACUUUGCCGGGGUCGCCGUGUGGUUGGCGAGCGGCGCGAGUGCCGCCGUCACGGGACAGACCAUCUUUGUCGACGGGGGGUAUUCGGCUACGCAGUAG